UUAACCCUAGCUCGACGGAAGAAUGCAACAAGAAAAGGAAAGUGUUUUCUACCAACUGUCAGUGUUUAUCUGCAUCGUACAAGUGUUAGGGAAUACUUUUUGCCCAUUUUUGACAAACGUUAAAUAAAAUAAUAACAUAUUAAGGACCAGUCAUGGCGCUCACCGAUGCUGACGUACAGAAACAGAUCAAGCACAUGAUGGGCUUCAUUGAGCAGGAGGCCAAUGAGAAAGUUGAUGAAAUUGAUUCUAAGGCGGAGGAAGAGUUCAACAUCGAGAAAGGGCGUCUGGUGCAGACUCAGAGGGUAAAAAUCAUGGAAUACUAUGAGAAAAAGGAUAAGCAGAUUGAACAACAUAAGAAAAUACAGAUGUCCAACCUGUUGAACCAAGCAAGGCUUAAGGUGCUGAAGGCUCGGGACGACAUGAUCACGGAUUUACAGAAUGAUGCUCGUCAAAGACUUGCAGAGAUUGCCAAGGACCCGGAGAAUUACUCCGUCCUAUUGCAGGGCAUGUUGCUUCAGGGAUUCUUUCAGCUACUGGAACCUAAAGUGACCGUCCGCUGCCGACAGCAGGACGUAGAAAUGGUUCAGGAGGCAGUUAAUAAGAACAUCCCCAUCUACAGAGAGGCGGUGAAGAUCAACAUAGUCGUAAAAAUCGACACAGUGCGCUUUCUUUCGUCAGACAUCUGUGGAGGGGUUGAGGUGUAUAACGAUAAUGGGAAGAUCAAGGUUUCCAACACCUUGGAGAACAGGUUGGAACUUAUUGCACAACAGAUGAUGCCUGAAAUCAGAGUGAAGUUAUUUGGCGCCAAUCCAAACCGCAAGUUCUUGGAUUAACGGUGGAUUUGAGGAAGGCAGCGAGGACAUGCACGGGUGGAAUAUACUGUAUGAGGUGAACACAGACUUUCAUCAUACUGAGCGAGAGUCCUCACAAUCACCCACCACACAUUAAGGUCAAAGAAAAACCUGGUUUACUCCAUGCGAUGCUACUGAUGUGUUCAUAUAUCUUGUUAUUUUUCUACGAAUGGACUGUGUAAUUAUACAGCACAUGUCUUAAGGACUAUUUUAAAUUGCAUUGCAAAUAUGUUUUCCUACUCUUGGGAAAUGUUACUCUUUACUACUUGGUCAAUUUGAUCAAAGCUACAUAUUAGGUCCCCAAACAUACACAUUUUCAGACUAUAAUGUGUGUGAUUAACUGGUAUGUUUGCCAAAUAUCCCUUGUGUGUGCAUACGGACAGCAAAAAGACUGUUUACCAAAGAUGUGAAGCAUUUAACAUAAGAAAAAAAACCAAAGAAAUAAAUGUAUUUGACACAAAGUAAUCCGCAUGUAUGAGAUAUCUUUAUUUACAGCUUGUAAACAAACAUUUUACUCAGGCAAAGUUCACUCUACAAUGAGGAAAAUGUAGUAGCCUAGGUAUACUAGCGAAAUCAAAUUGUGCCUUGCAUUAAAAAUGUAAUACAAAAAAAAAAGGAAAAAGCUUUUAGUGCCACCCAGUGGACUUACGGAAUGGCAAGCAGUUGGCAACACAACGUGCCAUACUCCCUCAGUGGGUCUAACAGAAAGAAUUAUCCUCGCUAAAUUGGACCAAAUCAAUGUUUCAGCACCACCAAUCCCACCGAAUCCAUUUAAGACUUACAGUUCUGAUGCUUUAGAAACGUA